AUGGAGGAUAACCAGGCAGAGGGGAGGAUGACCAUGGAGAUGAAGAAGGAGGAUGACCACGAAGACAAAGAGGAGAAUGACCAUGGAGACAGAGGGGAGGGUGACCACGAAGACAGAAAGGAGGAUGACCACGAAGAGGAUGAGGAGAGGAUGACCACGAAGACAGAGGAGAGGAUGACCACGAAGACAGAAGGGAGGAUGACCACGAAGAAGGAGAGGAGGGUGACCAUGAAGACAGAAGGGAGGAUGACCACGGAUAGAGGGAGGAGGAUGACCACGAAGACGGAGGAGAGGAUGACCACAAGGACAGAGGGGAGGAUGACCAAGAAGACAAAGAGGAGAAUCACCAUGGAGACAGAGAGGAGGAUGACCACGAAGACAGAGGAGAGGAUGACCACGAACACAGAGGGGAGGAUGACCACGGAGAGAGGGAGGAGAAUGACCAUGAGGAUGAAGAAGGAGGAUGAACACGAAGAGGAGGACGACAAUGAAGACAGAAAGGAGGAUGACCAAGAAGAUAGAAAGGAGGAUGACCAAGAUUAG